AUGCAGCAGAGUAGAAGGGAAGUGGUGUGUGGUGUUGAGGAGGAGGAUGUGAUCAGGUAUGAUAUCGCGGGCUUCGUGGUGGGGGUGAAGGAGAAGGCGCUCAAGUUGCCUGACAAGGAUUCGAUGCAGCACGGCGAUGUUUUGAUUGGCUUGUUAUCGUCGGGAGUUCACUCAAACGGAUUCAGUUUGGUCCGCAAGAUUGCCGAGAUCAGCGGAGUGAAAAUGACCGACCCUGCGCCCUACGACCCCACCACUACUCUCGGUGUUUCUCUGCUUACCCCCACGAAAAUUUACGUUAAGACCAUAUUGGAGCUGGUCAGGCUUGGACCGGGGAUAUUGAAAGGGGUAUUCUGGUUUGGGAUUGCUGCGCACAUUACUGGUGGUGGCCUUUUCCAAAAUAUUCCUCGUAUGCUUCCCGAAAGCGUCCAAGCUGUUAUCAGAGCCGACACGUGGGAUUUGCCCGCGGUUUUUAGAUGGUGCGUUACUCAGGGUAAACUGGACUGCACUGAGCUGGCAAGCACCUUUAAUGUUGGCAUUGGAAUGGUGUUGUGCGUUGGUAUUGAACAUAAGGAGGAGGUGAUGAGGGUUCUGAAGGGCUUGGAUGAGGAGGCAGUAGUCAUUGGAGAACUUGUCGAUAGGCCGACACUUACCGACCCUAGAGUG